UUACGGUUACGGUUCUUGUGUCACGUGUGUUUAUUCUCCGUGAACCCUGGGUAAAAGGUCACGCGGCCAUCUUGUUGGCAAUAGCUACAACUGUUUGCUUUAACUACAAUAAAUAUCACGCUAUCCGAGCGGAGUUUUGAGCAUCAAGGAUUUGACUUGUUUUAAGAAAUAGUAUCGGUGCAAAGUGCGGCGUGCGCAAAGUGAACGUUGGGCUCUCAGCUUGCAGAGGAAUAUCCCUGGUUCUGGAAGUGCCGAUUGCGCGGCAACCUUGGCCAAUCUGUUGCAGGAGUUUGCGGUGUCACCUGAAGUUAAAUGCAAUUCGUUAACGUCAACGGACACGUAAGGAUUAUCACAGCCUGCGAUUCCUGUGGUAUUUGGUUUGUUUCACUUUAAUAUGCGAUGUUAACGCUACACAGACUCCGAUGUCAUAUUGCUCACAAGGUGCCAGGUGUUUAUUGAAUAAGGUUCAGCAUCGAGAUCCAGAUUUCGCUGAACUUUUGGGAAAGCCUGUUUGAUGUCUUGAAGUCCGGUGCCGAUACGAUCGACAAACUCGUGGAUAAACUGAGAGGUCGUGGAGCUGCAGCUGCUGCUCCUGCAGCUUGAGGGAUCCGCGCAGUCGUUUCUUUGCAGCCUUGGGUGAAAAAUUAGAGACAGACAGAACGAACGUAAGGAGAGAAGAUGUCGUCUUUUUCUGAAUCUGCUUUAGAAAAAAAACUGUCCGAACUGAGUAACUCGCAGCAGAGCGUGCAGACCUUAUCCUUGUGGAUCAUCCAUCACCGCAAACAUUCAUCAACAAUUGUAAACGUGUGGCACAGAGAACUGAAAAAAGCUAAAAGCAAUAGAAAAUUAACCUUCCUUUACUUGGCAAAUGAUGUAAUCCAAAACAGCAAGCGAAAAGGACCUGAAUUCACCAGAGAUUUUGAAACGGUGCUUGUGGACGCAUGUUCUCAUGUGGCCAGAGAAGCUGAUGAAGGGUGCAAGAAACACCUAGAGCGGCUACUGAACAUCUGGCAAGAGAGAAAUGUUUAUGGGGCAGACUUUAUCCAGCAGCUCAAAUUAGCUAUCGAGGACUCUAACAGCCCUAAACAUAAACUCAAGGGUAAGCAGCAUGGAAGCAGACGAGCAAAAGUUGACUUGCAAGAGCCUAUAGAAGUGAUAGAAGAAAAGAAGACAGUUAAACGAACUUAUCAAAAAAUUCAGGAAGAGGAGGAAGAGGAAGAUGAUGACUACAGGGGUCACUAUUCUCCACAGGACAAUGACACCACGGGUCCUCUUUUGACAGAAGAGCUGAUUAAAGCCUUGCAGGAUUUGGAAAAUGCAGCUUCAGGGGAUGCUGCAGUUCGACAGAAGAUUGCCUCCCUUCCUCAAGAAGUGCAAGAUGUAUCUUUAUUGGAGAAAAUUACGGACAAAGAAGCUGCCGAGAAACUCUCAAAAACAGUAGAUGAAGCCUGUCUACUGCUUGCCGAAUACAAUGGCCGACUGGCUGCUGAGCUCGAAGAUAGACGACAGCUAGCUCGGAUGCUAACAGAUUACAUUCAAAACCAGAAAGAGGUCCUAGCAGAAAGAGAAAAAAAACUUGAAGAGUACAAGCAGAAGCUAGCUCGAGUGACGCAAGUCCGCAAGGAACUGAAAUCUCACAUCCAAAGCUUGCCAGAUCUCUCGUUACUUCCCAACGUUACUGGCGGCCUGGCUCCUCUACCAUCAGCCGGUGACUUGUUUUCUACAGACUGAGAUAAUUCGUCUUUCAUACAUACAUAUUUGCAUCAGUGUGUGCAUGUGUGUGUGAGUGUGUAUAUGUAUGUAUACAGUGUACAGUAUAUGUGUAUAUUUCAUAUAUGCACAUACACAUGCACACACACAUUUUUUAAACCCUCCCCUGGGAGAUGGCCCUGUAAUCAGCAGAUUUUUUUUUAAAUGACCAACAGCCAAAAUGGCCAUAAUGCUGCCAGUGACAACAGCAUGCCGACAUUUUCUAAGAGGGGCAAAGGGUUGGAUGAUUUUUUUUUUUUGUUUUGUUAGACAGAAGGAAAAAAAAAAAAAACGAUCUUCACCAGCUUCAAUAUUACAGGUGUUAUGUUGUUAUGGGGAAGGUGUAAAAUGAGAAAUGCUUUCACUAUAGGAAAUAAAUCACAAUAACUUACACACAAUCUGUUCAACAUUUAAGAAAUGCCUACCCCAUAAGAGAACCCAGGGACAUCUGAUCUAAUAUUAGUAGUUUAACUGCCAUUUUGAGUCUUAGUUAAAAAAUGAAAAGUCAGUCAUUUGUUGAUGAAAUGAUUGUUUUGUAACAUAAAACUGUGCUGGUAUACCCAACCCAAACCCCCAAAACAGAGGUUGAAACUGUAAUGGCAACCAUUUCUGCAAGCUUCCUUUUACUUGAGUCCACAAUUGCAUUGCUUUUCUACUGCUGAUUUACGUUAUUCUCCUGUUUACAGUAUGGAGGCAUGAACUCUCUGGCAAUAAUUCAGAUAGAAAUUAUUUGUAAAAACAAAUAAACAAAAAAAAAAAAGAACCAUUUCAGUGAAAACAUUUUAUUUUAGCAAAAGUCUGUAUGCUUAGUUAAGCUUGAAUUAUUUUAUAUUGAUAGUUAUUUAAAUAUUGAGUGAAGUGGCAGUGUCUCAUCUUUCCCAUUAAUGUGUCACAAAAUGCAGCUGCAUAUGCCAUUUAGCCUUUAAGGGAGUGUGAUGACUUGGCAGAGUAUAAAUUUGGUUUACCUGUGUCAAUAAGAGAUGCCGAGAUGCUACUAGAAAUAUCAGGAUGCAUUUUUCUUACUUGCCCUUAUAAAGAAAACAAUAAAAAAAAUGGGAAAAGAA